ACACGCUCGUCGCUCUGUCUGGUUCUGUGGUUCACUCAGUCACAGAAUGUUUGUACAACUCAGUCCGCUCGCGGUCUGUUGAAAUUAUACCUAAAUAAUUUUAUAAAUGUCCAAUCCAAAUACUAGACAAUCAUGUGUUGUGCCUAAAUGUCUACACAACUAUCAAUUCACCGGAAAAAUUGUUUUUUGUGGUUCCAAAGGACUUUAAAAUGCGAAGAAAAUGGAUAAAAGCUAUGAAGAGAUUAGAUCCAUUUGGAGAUAAAAGCACAGUUUAUUGUUGUGAAGACCAUUUCGACAUUGAAAAUGAUAUGGAGAACUAUAUUAAAUAUAAAUUGGUCGGGGGAAGAAUUAAACUAAAACAGUGUAUAGUUCCACACAAAUUCAAAUGUCAACAGGAAAAGGAAGAUAAACCUCAGAGAUCUGCAGUACAAAAACGUAAUCGUAUAGAAUAUUUUGAGAAACUAUUAAAUAAAGAUGAAAUUUCGGUGUUAGAAAAUCCUGAAGAGAUAUUUUUUGUUAGCUGUAAAGAUGAAAUAGUAAUGGAAGAUCCAUUAAGUUUUGGAAAUAAUGAUCAGUGUUUAGAAAUAUCAAAAAAAAAGUAAGCGAGUGCAAGUAAAUCUGAAAGCUAUAGGUGUCCAUAAAUCAACCAUGACUGUUAGCAAAUGUUAAAACAAAGAGAAACAAUAUUUUCACCAGAUGCAGUAUCUUUUGGUUGUAUGAACGACACAUCUUCAAACGCCUCUUCACAUAAAAUGUUCAACCUUGAACAAAAAUCAAAGAACACUAAUGAAGACUAAGAUUCGGAACUGGAAUGCGAAACACUUUUUUUUAGUAACUAUAUGCAAAAUUCUGCUCUUUUAUCCAUAUCUAGAGGACCACAACUGUUGUUAGGUUUACCUAAAGAAUGCUAUUUUUGUAUUAAUAUGUUAUCUGAAACAACAAAAUGUACUCCGCGGCCUACUAUGUAAUGUAUCAGCAGUAUUAGCAGACAGAGGUUUUAAAAAUAUUGCGCAUUUUCUACAACAAGGUGAACAUACUCUUGUAGCGUUAUUCAUAAAAAUAUUAUUAUAUUAUUAUUUUAGCUCAUCUACAUUAAUAUUUAGUUAAUAGAUUAUCCAUAAGUUUAUAACGUACCAAAAUGUAUCCCGACAUAUGGCCUGCACAAUGCACAUGUGGCGUACACAUGUGCAGACCACACUAAAAUAUGUUCCUUGUUACUAACCCAAUGUAUUUAGUUAUAAUAACUCAGUUGAACAGUAAACGGCGAUCGAUAAACACGCUUUUCUUUGCCACCUUACCUUCUUUACCACACGCGGCAAAGUGGUGACCCCGACGUGAUCAAAUUAUCGAUUUGCCUUAAGUCAACUCGCGCGCGUUACUAAUAAAAACAAUAAUGCAAAACGACCCGCGCUACCAAUCUGCAUCUGAGGAGCAACAAACUACAGCACAAGCGCUUCCAGAGCAGCCCGCACAGCCACAUAUGACAGCCGUCACGAUGACAUCGAGGAUACCAGACUUCUGGCGGCAGCGACCACGGCUAUGGUUCCACCAGUUUAACGCCAUCGUGGACCCUCAAAAGGCAAGUGACCUCCAUAAAAGUCAAUUAUUGAUAGCUAAGUUGGGUCAAGACGAAUUAAGUGACAUUAGUGAUUUAUUAGAUAAUAUGCCUGAUACAGAUAAAUUUAAAACCUUACAAAAUAGGCUUAUUUCAAUUUAUGAGGAGUCAGAGACGCGCCAACUCAAUCAAUUACUAAACGAGAUUGAAUUGGGCGAUCAGAAACCUUCGCAAUUAAUAAGACGCAUGCGUGACCUCGGCAAAAAUCGUAUCCCCGAGGAAACUCUAAAACUACUUUAGACCGGUCGUCUCCCACACUCAAUAAGAGCGGUCCUCACAGCAUGCGACACAGGGGAGGUUAAAUUAGAUAGUUUAGCUACAAUAGCCGACAGAAUUUUAGAAAAUACUAGAGCAUCAGAACUAUCGCCAAUAUCCAGGUCUGAUUCUAAAGCCGAUACAAACCAUUUAGUAUUAGAAAUUAACGCUUUGAAACAACAAAUCGCAGCGUUAACAACACAAAUGAAUAAUAACAACGGCAACAACCGCGCGUCACGUACCCAACAUCGCGAUUUCCCGGGUCCGUCUAGGGCGCGCUCAAAAAGCCGUGACAAUAGUGUAAGUUUUAGAAAUAGACAAAUUUUUAAUAAACAAACUGCUAAGCCAGGCGAAUUAGGAUAUAAGUGUUUUUAUCAUUUUAUUUACGGACCGAAAGCAUAUAAAUGUGGUGACAUCCGUAACUGUAAUAAACAGUCGGAAAACUAAUUCCGACACCGGCUUGCAUAUCAAACAACUUAGCCGGUGUCGGAAAUCAAAGUAAUUCAUACCGCUUAUGUGUAACAGACUCCAUAAGCGGAACACAUUUUUUAAUAGAUACGGGCGCGGACAUCUCUGUUUUGGCCACACAAAGGCAAAACAGACGCACGUCCGAUUACAUUUUAUAUGCGGCUAAUGGUUCCAAAAUUAACACAUACGGUCAAAAAACCAUUACCGUCAAUUUAGGUUUACGUCGUCCUUUUAAAUGGGAUUUUAUUUUAGCGGACGUACAAAAAUCAAUUAUAGGUGCCGAUUUUCUCGCGGCCAAUAAAUUAAUGGUGGAUUUACAUGGUAAAAGGUUAGUGGACAAAAUUACAUUUUUAUCUCGUCCCACUAACACCUCAACGUCUACCGAACCAAGUAUUCGUUCAAUAGAUAUUAACGACGAAUACCAUCAAAUAUUACAAAAAUUUCCCGAUAUUACUAAAUUAGAAAAUUUUUCAUCAAACCCAAAGCAUAACGUACAACAUCACAUUCACACCACUGGUCCCCCGGUGCAUGAAAAAGUUCGCCCUCUUAACCCCGAGAAAUACAAAUUAGCCAAAGCGGAAUCCGAGAGAAUGACUCAACUGGGCAUUUGUAGACCUUCGAACAGCCCGUGGGCUAACCCACUUGUGUGCGUUACCAAAAAAAAUGGUGAAAUACGAGCAUGUGGCGAUUAUCGUCGCUUAAAUGCACAAACUAUACCCGAUCGAUAUCCUUUACCUAGAUUACUCGACUUUACUUACAUUUUAAAAGGUAAAACAAUUUUUUCAAAAAUCGAUUUACGUAAGGCCUAUCAUAACAUACCUAUGGCUCCAGAGGAUAUACCUAAAUCAGCAAUCCUCACUCCUUUUGGUCUCUUCGAGUUCACCCGCUGUAAUUACGGACUAAGGAACGCAGCCCAGGACUUCCAAAGAUUAGUACACAACACCCUAAAAAAUCUAGACUUUGCAUUUGCCUACCUAGAUGACAUAAUCAUUAGCUCCGACUCUAAAGAAACCCAUCUAAAACAUCUCGAACUUGUUUUAGAGCGGUUAAACAAUUGCGGGCUUACUAUUAACACAGGUAAAUGCGAGUUUGGAAAAUCAGAACUAAAUUUUCUUGGCUAUCAUAUAAGUACCAACGGCAUUAAGCCAAGCCAAGAUAAGUCCGAAACCAUUUCUAAUUAUCCUCGACCAAACACUAUAGAGGAGUUAAGACGCUUUUUAGGUAUGUUAAAUUUUUAUAGAUUAAGUAUUCCUAAGGCCGCCGAAAUGCAAGCUCCACUAAAUGCAUACCUACAUAACUCAAAAAAAAGGGAUAAAACUUUAAUAACAUGGACCGAAACGGCGCUAAAUGCGUUCGAUCGAUGUAAGCAAGCCAUAAAUGAAACCGUUACACUUUCGUAUCCCGACACAUGUGCGUCACUUAUUUUAAUGACAGACGCCUCAGAUAGUUGUGUAGGUUCCGCAUUACAUCAACAUGUAAAUAAUAAAUUAGAACCUUUAGGAUUUUUCUCCAAAAAACUAACGGAGACUCAAAAACGAUAUAGUACAUACGAUAGGGAAUUAUUAGCAAUUUAUAUGGGUAUAAAACAUUUUCGACACAUGGUUGAGGGCAGAGAGCUAACAAUACUGACAGACCACCGUCCAUUAACUUUUGCACUCACAAAAAAGGUCUCACCAUCUGACUCACCGAGACGCUUAAGGCAAUUAGAUUUUAUUUCCCAGUUUUGUGAUAGUAUUAAGUACAUAGAAGGCGACAAAAACACAGUUGCUGACGCUUUAUCUAGGAUUAACGAAAUUACUAUGCCUAGUUUAUUUGAUUAUAAUAAGUUAGCUGAAUUACAAAAAAGCGAUUUAGAGUUAGAAAGCCUUCGCAAACAAGAUAAUCUCCAAUUUAAAUUAAUUGCCAUGCCCGAUUCCGAUGUUAAACUAAUAUGUGAAACAUCUACUGAGGACGUACGCCCUUAUCUACCCAUCGCGUUUAGAGAGCUAGCUAUAAAAACUUUACAUAAUGUUAGCCAUCCCGGUAUUGCAGCCACGAAACGUUUAGUUAAGUCUCGAUAUUUUUGGUCUAGUAUGAAUAUAGAUAUAAAAAAUUACGUUAAGAAAUGUAUACCUUGUCAAAAGUGUAAGAUACAACGACAUACAAUUACACCAUUAGGAACAUUUGAUAAGGCUUCUCGUUUAUCCCAUUGUCAUUUAGAUUUAAUCGGUCCUCUUAAACCCUGUAAUGAUUAUAAAUAUUGUGUAACUAUGAUAGAUAGAGUAACCAAGUGGCCCGAGGUUGUACCUGUAAAGGAUAUUACAGCCGAGACGGUCGCUAAAGUAUUUUUAGAACAUUAUAUAGCUAGAUAUGGUUGUCCAUUAAAAGUGACCACAGAUAGAGGUGCGCAGUUUGAGUCCGACCUUUUCACUCAGUUAUUAAAAAAACUCGGCAUAGAGCGCGUCCGGACAACAGCUUAUAAUCCCAAAGCUAACGGCAUGGUAGAACGAUUGCAUCGAACAUUAAAAGCAGCUAUCAUGGCGAAAUGCUUAAAUAGCGCACAAUGGGUGCAAGAAUUGCCAUUAGUUCUUUUAGGGUUGCGUACGGCAAUAAAAUCAGACCUAGGAUACAGCCCUUCACAAUUUCUAUAUGGAUGUAGUCUUAGGUUACCAGGCGAUAUAUUUAACUCAAGCCCUAAAACAAACAUCAACGAUCGUGAAUUCAUUAAACAGUUAAUUAACAAUCUUUCAUCCGUUUCUAACCUCACGCAUACGGACAUACGAACACGGGACAAUAAAGUAUUUAUCCAUCCAGACCUAAAUAAUUGUUCCCACGUAUUCGUUAGAAACGAGGCAAGACGAUCGUUGGAGCCACCUUAUGAAGGGCCUUUCCAGAUUUUAGACCGUCAUUCUAAGUAUUACACUUUAGACUGUAACAACAAAAAAGUCACUGUGUCACUUGACCGUCUAAAACCCGCUUAUUUAUUAAUUGCCGACGAUAUAGAGGUCUCAAGCCCAGGGAACAAAAAAACAGAACCCAAUAUCUCCAUUACGCCGAGCCAGCCGCUAACACUUAAAACCAGAUCUGGUCGCACGGUUAAGCGAACCGUGAAAUUCGACAUAUGAGACACACUUGACAUUCCAACAGAACUCAAAAGGCCGAGCAAAAAAAUCUAGAACCCCAUCGAUUAGCUACGCGUCCCUUCACUCAUCGCACGCCACAAUCACACCCUGCACUUUGUACCUGCAAAAAAACAAUGAACAAAAAAAAACAAUGAACAAGGCAAAAACACAAUUUACGAAGCAAGUGCCAAGCAACAUGAGACAAUAGAAACUCUCUCAAGACUCCAUCAGUAGAGGCUACCGUCAGCGCAUUGUAACGCUGACCAAUACAUUAUCAUCUGGCGUUACUACAGACAUAGCAUCACAGCUGCAAACAACGCGCUACGAGCGGUCUCGUCGCUACGGUGCCCGCAUGUGACAAUUUAGCUUAGAACAAUACAAUAACAAAAAAUGUGAACAAACAGUGUCGUGCCACCCGAACAAUGUACCUAGUUUAUAAGUAGUUUUAAUUUUAAGUACAGUUUCGGGGUUGAUAAUUUUAUGUUAUAGUAGUCUGAUCUAAAGGGGGAGGUAUAUGUAGCGUUAUUCAUAAAAAUAUUAUUAUAUUAUUAUUUUAGCUGUUAUAUUAAGAGCUGUGAUAGCCCAGUGGAUAUGACCUCUGCCUCCGAUUCCGGAGGGUGUGGGUUCGAAUCCGGUCCGGGGCAUGCACCUCCAACUUUUCAGUUGUGUGCAUUUUAAGAAAUUAAAUAUCACGUGUCUCAAUCGGUGAAGGAAAACAUCGUGAGGAAACCUGCAUACCAGAGAAUUAUCUUAAUUCUCUGCGUGUGUGAAGUCUGCCAAUCCGCAUUGGGCAAGCGUGGUGGACUAUUGGCCUUAUCCCUCUCAUUCUGAGAGGAGACUCGAGCUCAGCAGUGAGCCGAAUAUGGGUUGAUGACGACGACGACGAUUAUUUUAGCUCAUCUACAUUAAUAUUUAGUUAAUAGAUUAUCCAUAAGUUUAUAACGUACCAAAAUGUAUCCCGACAUAUGGCCUGCACAAUGCACAUGUGGCGUACACAUGUGCAGACCACACUAAAAUAUGUUCCUUGUUACUAACCCAAUGUAUUUAGUUAUAAUAACUCAGUUGAACAGUAAACGGCGAUCGAUAAACACGCUUUUCUUUGCCACCUUACCUUCUUUACCACACGCGGCAAACUCUGACCAGACGUCCUGCCGUAAGCACUAAAGUAAAACCGACCAAAAAAGAAGUUUUGGAGACAAAAAAAAAAUGCAGCGUUACGGAUACACGUAGAAAGAGCUAUCAGCAGACUUAGAUUCUUUGAGUUCAUGUUGCCACAUACUUGUGUAGAUCUAAAGCAAGUCGACCUGUCAGAUUCAGUGGUGAUUUCAGCAUGUGGAAUAGUUAAUCUUCAAAUCAGUCUGUUUCAUUUAGAGUAACUUCCUAGUGUUAUAAGCAAAAGACGUUUAUUUUAUUAAAUUAAAAAUAUACGAUUAUGAGGUUACGUACGUUCCGUUUUCCACCAAUGUUUGUGUUAUUUAUAGAGUUCUAAUUAAACUAUAUUACAUUAGGAUAAUGUUAUUUUAUUAAUUUGUCAAACAUAUUUUCCUUCCAAAACUUUACACAUUUUUCAAAAAGAUACCACAAUAUUUUUUAUUAUAAACUACUUCAUGCACAUCAACAUUCCAUAAGGUUUCAAAGUGAACGUGUGCAAUACAAAAUAGGGCAUUUCUUUUUCCGGUAAUUUCCAUUUGUGUUUGUAUCUGAGCAUAAUAUUUUUUGCCUAGUUUAUUACCUUUAAAAUACGUUAUAAAAGUGUUUGCUUUGGUUGGACACUUUACUUCUAUAACGCAGUCAUCAGUAGCCCAUCAGGCGCGGCAACAAUCAUAGGCCACUAAUUUUUUAUAAAAAAAACAGAUUCCACUAUCCUUAUAUUGUGUAUUUUCGCGACUUCCCCGACAUCUUUUUCUAAUAUUUUUCCUCUUUUGAUAGCAUUUGUUCUAUUAAAAGUUACAGCACAAAAUAUUUCUUCUACUAAAGAGCCAUCCUUUGUUCUACACUGAGCAGCUUCGUGCUUGUGGUAUUGUACCCUUCCUCGCAUUUCGGCGGCAACGAAAUCACUAUUUGUUGAUUAGUAAUGCGCAACCAUUAAUCCAUCUAUUUUAGGUAGAUUAUCUGAUUGCCCUUUUUCGAAUCCUUCAUCCAUUUUAUUAAUCGAAUAAUAUUUACUAUUAUUAGACUAGUAACUUAACACGCGAACGAAAACCAUCAGUCUAACACAACAAAACACUGCGCAAACUAUUAUAUCUACUAUAACCCAAGGAACAUAUUUACUCAGGAGAUAUAACAGCUGGAGACUUGAUACUAAGCGACCCAUGGUCCACGUUGUGACAUGACGUCACAAGCGGUCACGCGACUGUUAGCGGGACUCGAUAUUUUUCGAAACUUUGAACGCCUAUAAAAUCAAAACUAUUAGGUAUUUUUGACUACAACAAAAGUUAGUGAGUUUGUAUACAUACAGGCUUUACUAAGACAACAUUUCAAGUGAUUUGGCAUACCUAGUAACAUUCUUCAUUAUAUUUAUAUUAAGAUUAAAGUAAAUAGAUAAAAGACAAACAGCAGGUGGUCUACUGUUU